CCGCGGUUGGGAAAUGAAAACGAGGCUCAACGUAACAGAAUGGAGGCGAGCUCCUUAUCAGAGUGUCGUUAGCCUGACGUGCCCGGUAUUGUCUUUUGAGAAAUGUAAUGCGCUCAUAUUGUCCGAACCGUUUUGCUGUCACUUUUUACGGACUUGCCUUGUUAGGAGGUCUCGAUAAAUGAAUUAAAGAAUGUCAGAGGAAAAGUUCACCGACAUAAACGGGAAGCCGAUUUCGCUGGAGUGCCGCUCGCACUCGAGCUUCUGCAGGGAGUUCGUGGUGAGCGCGCCGAAGGUCUCCUUGCGCGCGGUGAUGGUUUGCACAUGCGCCGUGUGGCUCUCUGCGUACGCCGCGUUCUUCGUCACCAAGAACACAGCCGUCCUGUCGAGUGCCAUUGUCACGACCCUGGUUGGAAUGAUGGUCCACAUCCACUUGAUCAAAAUCGACCACGAGAGGCUGCUCAUCGUGGGGUCUCUGGGCGUGCAGGUCUCCUCAUGCUUCGCUUCGGGCAGGGAGAGCGCCACCUUCAUCGAGAUGAGCAGCAUUAAGGACAUUGUCAUCAACGAGGCCAUUCACAUGCAACGAGUGAUUUACUACCUCUGCAUUCUCUUAAAAGAACCUUCAGAUCCAAAUGGAGUGUCUGGUGUUGUCCCUCUCUUUCAGAGUUCUAAGCCAAGAUUAAAUUGCUUGGUCAAGAUAUACAAAAGUUGCCAAGAGAUUCUUGGGCAGUGUUAAAUACAGAGAAAUAAGGACAAGAUUCAAGAAAAAUGUUUUAUAUUUUGCACGAAUGCAUGGACACGUUUUGACAUAUAACCACCUUCAGCAAGAAAAGAAAGAAGAAAAAUGCUCUAUACUGUAAUGUGUCUUUGCAGAAUAUGCUGUUUUUGUGUGCCUGUGAGAACUUUAAUACCUGCUACUAACGUGGAUUUCACUACUUGAAGUUAAACUAAACAUCUGUUUGAGCUGAAGAUGUCAUCAAUGUUUAUUUCACUCUUAAAAAUGUCAGUAUAGCUGUGAAAUAAUGUAUUUUAUAAUGUACUGUAGAUAACAAAUCCUGUAAUAUUCUUUACUACCUUUCAUUAUUUAAGUCAGUGGCUGAUAUGCAAUUUUUUUCCAGUAAAAUCCUUCAAAAAACAAAAUAACAGGCUCCGGUGGAAGGAAAUAUUACUUUCUUUGAGAUGAAUGACUCUGAAUUUCUGUCUGUAGUGUUACUUUUAGCGGCUAGUAAUCUUAUUUUAAAAGAAAGGGAAUGGCAGCAGGGAUUCCUUUCAAUUGAGGAGAGAAAGAUAGUGUCCUACUUCUCCUGAAGAGGGUUGCAGCAUCACAAAAGUGACAUUUUUCAAAUGUGUUACCAAAACACAAUGGGUAACUAAGCGAUCAGUGUCUUGCUUGGUGCAAGUUUCAUGACACCAGUUGGAUGUUACUUGAAUUUUCAGUCACACAGUGAAUAAAGAAUAGUAUUUAUGAAUGCUAGUUGGUAAAAUGGAUAAAAAAAAUUCUGAAGUCUGUGCACUUCAGGUAUAAUGUACUUUUCUGGUUAUCUGAGUUUUCUCCAUCAAAAUAAAUCUCCUAAACGUCUGUCAGAGUAGGUCAUUAUUUAGAAAUGCAGUUCAAUGCGAUUAUUUUCACUUUUAUCACUUUUUUGAAAUUUCUGUUCUGCACAAGCUCCUUGGAAAGAAACGGUUGCUCCGUUGAUAUUUUACUUGGGUUUCAUUAAAAAUUCACUUGACCCUUGUGUCAUGUUACAAAACUUUGCUCCUCUUAAAAUGUUUAUGGAAUAAAAAAAAAAAAAAAAAA